AUGUUCGCUGGGGGCGAGCAUCACGUCAAGCGCAGAAAGACUUCGGGAGUGGCAGGGGAGUCGUAUCAUGCGCAGGGCAACGGCUGCGUGGUUUGCAGCUCGGACCAAAACGGGGACAGCAUCUUGCUCUGCGACGGCUGCGACGGGGAGUACCAUACGUACUGCCUUGUACCUCCUCUCAAUGAGAUACCGGCGGGGGAUUUCUACUGUCAGAACUGCACUGGCGUCUCCCUAGGUGCAGUCGCUGUCCCUGUCCCAACCGCAGGGGCUCCUGGCAAACGAGCAUCCCUUCCAUCUGCGGAUGCCGAUUCAGUUUCUCCUUCUUCUUCUUCAUCAUCUUCCACGCCCACUCAAUUGAAUUCGACUGUUCAUAUGAAGGAGUCCAAAUAUAGGGGCGUGUCAAAAGUGUCGAUGAGGGGCGUCAAAAAACCAUUCGUAGCCAAACUCUGGCAGGGCUCCAAAUAUCUGCAGCUAGGCACCUAUGGGAGCGAGAUUGAAGCAGCCCAUGCUUACGACAAGGCUGCACUCAUGCAUUAUGGCAAGAGCGCGCAACUGAAUUUCCCGCAUCUUCACGGCAGCUUCAACCGUUCAGAAGAGUCUUUUAGCGGGCGUCCGCACAUCUCAAGUGCUGCAGGACAGCAUAGUGCUGCGGUGCCAGAUACUCGGUCAUCAUCUGCCGAGUACCGUGUUUCUCCUGGACGUGGACGAGGCAGAGGUCGUGGGCGUGGACGAGGUCGUGGGCGUGGAAAGCAUUUACUGACCUCGCCCGAUGGACAUCGAAAAGUCAAACGUCAAAAGUCGGAAACUAAUGAGCCAGUAGUCGGAUCCUCUGGUGAAAAAAGACCGGGCAAAAAGUACCUGGGAGUCCAGGUACAUCGUGUAUAUGCACACGCACAAAUUCACGUAAAUGGAAAGGUGAUUAAUUUGGGCACAUUUCCCACAGCGGAAGAUGCAGCUAUGGCAUACGACAAGGCGGCUUUACAGUACUUUGGAAGCCCAACUGGCUCUGGUGGUGCUUGCUCUGGCGAAAUCGUUUUAAACUUCCCUGAUAGACGCGAUGAGAUGCUAAAGGAAGUGUUUGGGGUGGAACAACAAAAGAUGGUGCACCAGACUGGGAGAUCAAGCCAUGCUAGGCGCAGCAUCCAGAAUGCUGAGCACAACUUGUCGAUUACAAAACUGAAUGCGUGGGUGUCAAAGCUACAACGAUCAGUAAAAAUGAUUGAGGCUUCGCAACGGGUUCAGUGGGGUUUGCGUUCGUCGUUCGAGGGGAGUGAAGAGGAAGUCACGAAACAGGGGGAUGACAUUCCAUCUCUGGUAAAAACUGAGGUGUUUGGCUUCGGGCCUACCAUAAAAAAGGAAUUCACGACGCGCGAUCUGAAACUGAGACAGAGUAAUGAGCAGAUUCAGGAUGCAAUAUCGUUGAUGACCGAAGAGUUGAACAUUUACGCGGCUAACAUACCCGAGGAUCCUCUGUGCCAGCCGCCACCUUGCAGCGCUCCCAUCCUGGAUUUGCUGUCUAGUUCCCGGUAUCUGAAAUUGAUCAGUGCUAUAAAUGAUCUUGCGCAUCUGAAGGUUACAGUUGAUGAGAGUGAUGCGAACUCGAUAGUCAACGGACGUUUCGAAAGCAGACUGCAAGCUGUCGUUGACUACCGCGCCCGACUUCAAAUGUUAAGUAGAAACGAGAAGCAGAAACUGGCCCGGUUUAUAAACGAUAUCGAGACUGAAGCUGCAUCUAAUCUGUACAGCACCCUUUCCGCUGCAAGUGGUGAAAGCACUCUAUCCCCCACAGCACAGCUAAGACUCGAGACGUUUAAGGAAUCCGGUUUCUCGUCGAAUGUGAGAUAUGUCAAGCGAGAAGUGCGAAUAUUGGAGCCCAACGCGUCAGGACGACAAGCAGAUGGAAAAGAGGUAGAACCGUCAGGGCGUGUAACGCAGCCGGAUAAAAAGUUGACGAGCGAUUCUACUAGCCAGGCGGACAAGGCCGAUGUUGCGAUGGUAGUAAACGUAAAAUCGGAAGUGGCUGCUUAUGAGAAAGUAGAAAACGAAACAAUCGGUCUGCCAGUCACUUUGUUACUAGCAGGAACAGAAGCAACCGGACACGGUGUCAGACGUGAAGCGACUCACCAGAGUGCGAGCGAAGACGGAAGUAAAGUGGUCGAUAAGUCACGCGUAGGUGCUGACGGCAAGCUGGAAGAUGCCGAUAUCGAAGAAUCUGCUAGCGAAGAGACGACAGGGGUUGUGCGCAAUUCGAAAACGACAGCUGGAGGAAGUGAGAUAGAAGGCGAGAAUGAUGGUGAGUGUGGGCUGGAAGCCGAAAGAAACAAGAAUGAGACGGAAGAGAUAGUGGAAAAUAAGGCUGAAACGAAGUCGCCUAAGGAUGAGGCAGCAGGACAAAUGAUGGACGACGAGUUUGACACAGAGCAGCCUGAGUUCGUUGAGAGAAGCGAUGACAAAAACAACGAGGUAAGUCGGUGUCUAGAAGCUUCAUCGUUUGACGAUAACGCGACAAGCGUUAAGUGUGAACGUGAUAGUACGAAGCCGAACGACGACGUGGCGUUGCAAGGCAGUAGUUGUUUCUCCCCAUCGGUUGCAGUAGAAAUACCAGAGAAUGCUUGCGAGUGGGAAUUCUGUCUGGCCGUCCGUACAGAAGCGCAAGACAUGUGGCGACUGUUUCCGCUGUCAAGUAAGACUCCGGUGCCCGAUACAUUUGUUGACGCUGAUAUUUUGGCAGAGAGGGAAGUUGCUGAAUUGGAAGUUUCCGAGGAAGAAGUCUGCUCAUCUACCGUUGCGCCCGGUGGGAAGACAGCAUGGAUGGAGCAUCUACAUCGACUUCACGUUGGGGAAGGCCAAGUCCGAAAAAGUAUUCAGCGUGGAGUUGAUCACCAGCACGCGUUACAGACAAUGGUGAAAAUCAAGCAAGACCAGUUGAAUGAGAUGUCAGUUGUGUACCGGGAAGCCAUGCGCGAACUCGACUUGAAGGCGUCGUUGGCGCUAGAGAAUCACGCGCGCGUGAACCAGGAUGCCCGGCUUGUAAAACUGAUGCAGCACUCGUUCAACCCGAUUCUAGGUGACCUGCUGGACAAGUGCGAAGAGGCUUUACUGAAUUGCUUCCGGAAAUUGUCUCUUCGAUUUGAUGAUUUUGCUCAAGAGUUCGAGUACUAUCGAAAUGCACUGAUCAGUUUGACACGAUCGUCAGGGAAGGAUCUUGGCAUCGAACAUGGCCAUGUUAGUCCGGUUGACGCUGCAGAUAUUGGCGUCGACCCUAACAGCGUGGUCACAAAGCGUGAGAAUAUUGAUCGAGUAGUCGGAUGUUCCCCUGACACGACUUCGGCUGCAUCCGAGGGAUUAAAUCUUGCAGGUGAUAUUGACAUGGUUGUUACCGAGAGCGAUGAUCCCCAUAGCCUAGGUUUGAGGCAAGCCUAUGUCAGCUUUUAUACAGGCGAAUUGGAAGCUCUUUGGAAAGAACGGAGCUCAUCAUUAGAAAUGGUUCAAGCCAUCCAGCGCUCGUUACUGAAUCAUACAACCGGACUGGCCAAGUCUCCUGAGAAAGUCACUUUGUCAGUAAAAAUGGAACCACCGCUUGAGGCUGCGACAGUAGGGCCCAAAAAGGCAGAGCUGAAGGUAGAUACUGUGAGUACUGGUGAAGCAACGACUGAAUCUAUCACAAUUGCAGUGAAAGCGGAAACGGAGUCUGCAUCGGAGUCCGUAAUUGCAGGAUGUAGAGCAAUAGAAUGUGGGAAUGGGGUUUCGAGCACACCGAUCGAAAAUGUCGUGUUGUCGGUUGACACUAACACUGGUACGACCUCAUGCUUGCCGACCGAUGAAACGGGGACACUAAAGAUGGGGUCAUCCCAUGCCACUAGUGAAAACAGUGUACAUACAAAGCCACAGCAUGUUCCUGGGCGCUUCCGACGCGAGCUAGAGCUACGUAAGGCAAUUGAAUUAUGCUUGGCUCAGUGGCAGCGCAUCCAGUGGCCGGAGGAGCUCAACUGUACAUUCUUGGCACCUGUCAGUGUGGAUUUGUCCAAGCAGUGUCUGAAACGAGAGUGUGAGCUCAUUGCAUCACAACCUUUGGCCGAGCUGGGUGAAGAGGACGAAGAACAUGACUCUCCGUAUGGCGUUAUGGAGGAGCUGAAACGUGUGAUGACCAACUUGACGCAGGAGCAGACAAGUUCAGUACCACCAACGGUAGAAUCAACAACGUCGGUGAUGUAUCACCCCGUGUUUAUUGAUCACCAGACACCAAAGAAUCACCCGGAAUGCCCGGAGCGCAUCGAUCGAGUGGUGACUAUCCUAAAUUCUCUGGUAAAGAAGCACCAAGAAACGCUCGAACUCGACCGCCUCUCGAUGACACCAGAAGAGCUCUGUCCUCCCGAGACAACACUGCUGAUGGUACACUCACCGACGUAUUUGCGACAACUAAAAGAAAGAUCGAUCGAGGCUGGGUCGCAACUCGUUUCGUCCCCUACAGCAUCUUCUCCUUCAACAAGAGCUCUUGUGUUCGAGUCCGACUCAGGCAUCCGCGAAGAGACGCCAAAGCAUGGUGGAAAAGGGAAGAACAGACGGCCUCUGCUGGUUGGAGCCUUUGGCGCUGCCAGUCUCGAGCAAAAUGGCGUCGAGCUGGAUACAUUCGUAAGCAGCAAGUCAUGGGAUGUUGCCCGUGCGGCUGCAGGUACCGUUUGUCUUGCUGUGGACCGGGUCGUGCGCAAAGAGUACCGUAAUGCUGUAUGCUUGGUGCGCCCUCCAGGGCACCAUGUUGGUCGCCACGGUCGGACGGAGCAUGCCCCAUCGUCGGGCUUUUGCUUACUGAAUAACGUGGUGAUUGGCGCUACUCACGCGCGUUUAUACCCAUGGAUUAGCAAAGUUGCAGUGCUCGAUUGGGACAUCCACCAUGGAAACGGGACGGAGGAGCUACUGAAAGAUGACCCGGACGCAUUCUUCGCGUCCAUCCAUUUGUACUCAUCCGGAAAAUACUUUCCGGGAACAGGGAAGUCAUGUGAGACGGGCAACCUCGUGAAUGUGGCGCUUGAAAAUACUGGCGCCGGGAGCGGGUCGCAAGCGUUUCGGUCUGCCGUUGAGUCGAAAGUUCUGCCAGCAAUCAGAGCGUUUGAGCCCAACAUCAUAUUUAUCUCAGCAGGCUUCGAUGGUCAUCGCGACGACAUCCUGGGUGGUGUGGCUGCUGUCCACAAUCUCAACGUACCUGCUGGAUAUGUUGAGGAGGAUUACGCUUGGGCUACGUUGGAAGUUCUCAAGCUAGCUGCUGAGGUGUGUGACGGUCGAGUGGUUUCGGUGCUAGAGGGUGGGUAUGAUAUUCGCCGGGAGACGAACUCGCUGGCUAAGUCGGUGGCGGCACAUGUGGCUGCCAUCUCCGAUUACGAGGUAGCCCGGCGAAAGGCGGGCGACAAAGCUACAGCUGAUGUAAAGAUGAAAGUAGAAGGUGGGAACGAUGAAGGGAGUAUUAUUGCGAGUGGAAUCCCCGCGUCGGCCUGCUCCUCUUCCAUCAAGACGGAAACGCUGCCGCUUGUGAAGGAGGAGCGUAUUGGUCUGCUCGAGAAGCUGCUAUCGACGGAGUUGACAGCUGACAAUGUGAUCAUCGUCGACGAUGAGGAGAACGAAGAGGAGGAGGAAAGCGGGCUAGCUCACGAGAUGCUCGGCAACAGCAACAGUGAGAACGGAGACGAUGUGGUUGAGGAGGAAGACGAGAGCGACGCUACGAUGGAAGAUGACGAACCUGAGAGCGAGGAGCUCCAUGCUUGUGACCGUGUAGAAAAAGCACAGGAGACGACAACUUCCUUGAUCAUGGAGGUAACCGACAGCUGA